AACCGUGUAGCUCCGUGUGAUUGUUAGUGUUUUCUCCAACGUUACAAUUAUUUGCCUUUUUUUAAACAACUACACACUCCAGGGUCUACAUAUCGACAAACAGUGCACUUUGUCGCCAGCCCAACCUCUUUCUCUUUCGUUUAUGUUCACUCAACAAACGCUGUGCUGAUAAAACAAGAUGUUUGGCGCAUCUGGCUUUCCGUAGACGCGGAAGUAACGUUUCACAACGAGCACGGCCCAGCGUGACAUUCAGCCGGGCUGUCUGACAUCCGUCUAUUAGGGGGUUGUGUAAAGCAGAACGACCACCCUGUGCUACCCUGGCCACGACAAAGUCAACAUGAGAGUGCUAAAAGCUGGCCUUGCCCUGGGAAAAACGCAUCUUCUGGCGCCAGGAACCGUCACCCUUAAAAAGGUGCUCCUCAGCAGCUGUAGGUCAUGCUCCUCCGGCGUCUUUCCCAACGAAAGGAUCCGCAACAUCGGCAUCUCGGCGCACAUCGACUCGGGGAAGACCACCCUGACCGAGCGCAUCCUCUAUUACACCGGCAGGAUAGCAGAGAUCCACGAGGUGAAGGGUAAGGAUGGUGUGGGUGCCACUAUGGACUCUAUGGAGCUGGAGAGACAGAGAGGCAUCACUAUCCAGUCAGCUGCUACCUACACUAUAUGGAAUAAUCACAACAUCAACAUCAUCGAUACACCAGGCCACGUAGACUUCACUAUUGAAGUUGAGCGAGCGCUGCGUGUGCUGGACGGGGCGGUGCUGGUUCUGUGUGCGGUGGGUGGAGUCCAGUGUCAGACCAUGACUGUGAACCGACAGAUGAAACGUUACAACGUCCCCUUCCUCACCUUCAUCAACAAACUAGACCGCAUGGGCUCCAACCCCGGCCGAGCCCUGCAGCAAAUGAGAACCAAACUGAACCACAACGCCGCCUUUGUAAACAUCCCCAUUGGCCUGGAGGCGAAUAUGCGUGGCAUUAUUGACCUUAUAGAGGAGCGAAGCAUGUAUUUCGAAGGUCCCUUUGGUCAAAAUGUCCGCUACGAUGAGAUCCCAGCAGAAUUUCGUGCCGAGGCUGCAGACCGAAGGCAGGAGCUGGUGGAAUGUGUGGCUAAUGCCGAUGAAAUCUUAGGAGAGAUGUUCUUGGAAGAAAAGAUCCCAACCAUUGACGACUUGAAGGCUGCGAUCCGCAGGGCCACAGUGCAGCGGCUCUUCACCCCGGUGUUGGUGGGCACAGCGUUGAAGAAUAAGGGGGUCCAGCCUCUACUGGAAGCUGUACUGGAGUACCUGCCCAACCCCACAGAGGUUAAAAACUAUGCCAUCCUCAAUGACGAAAGUUCCAGUGACACGUCAAAGAUUCUUAUGAACCCUGCGAGAGAUGCCUCACAAUCAUUCGUUGGUCUGGCCUUCAAACUUGAGGCCGGGAGGUUUGGUCAGCUGACAUAUGUGCGAGUGUACCAGGGCUGCCUGAAGAAGACUGAGUACAUCUACAACACACGUACAGGCAAGAGGGUCCGAGUGCAGAGGCUAGUACGCCUCCACGCUGACCAGAUGGAGGAUGUUGAUGAGGUUUAUGCUGGAGAUAUUUGUGCUCUGUUUGGGAUUGACUGUGCCAGUGGAGACACUUUCACAUCCAGGACCAGCGCCAACCUCUCUAUGGAGUCCAUUCACAUACCAGAGGCUGUCAUUUCUAUGUCUAUGAAGCCAUCCAACAAGAAUGACUUGGAUAAAUUCUCCAAAGGCAUCAACCGCUUCACCAGGGAAGAUCCGACGUUCAGAGUGCAUUUUGACACAGAGAGCAAAGAAACCAUCAUCUCAGGGAUGGGGGAGCUGCAUUUAGAGAUUUACUCCCAGAGGAUGGAGAGGGAAUACAACUGCCCCUGUGUGCUGGGAAAGCCCAAAGUGGCUUUCAGAGAGUCGAUUACCAGUGCUGUACCGUUUGAAUUCACCCAUAAGAAGCAGUCUGGUGGCUCUGGGCAGUACGGUAAAGUUAUCGGGGUUCUCGAGCCUCUGGAGUCGGAGAGCUACACCAAGCUGGAGUUUGAAGACCAGACCGUCGGAACCAAUGUCCCCAAGCAAUUUGUACCAGCUGUUGAAAAGGGAUUCAAGGACGCCUGUGAGAAAGGGCCCCUGAGUGGGCACAAGAUCUCAGGAGUCAGGUUCUUAUUGGAGGACGGCGCACAUCACUUGGUUGACUCUAAUGAGAUCUCCUUCAUCCGUGCAGGAGAGGGCGCUCUGAAACAAGCCAUGGAGAAGGCCAACUCUGUUAUAUUGGAGCCCAUCAUGUCAGUGGAGAUUGUGGCACCCCAGGAGUUUCAGGGAGCCGUUAUUGCUGGAGUUAACCGUCGCCAUGGUGUUAUCACAGGACAGGACGGGGCAGAAGGAUACUUCACUCUGUAUGCUGAUAUUCCUCUAAAUGACAUGUUUGGCUACGCCACUGAGCUGCGCUCCUGUACUGAAGGAAAAGGGGAGUACACCAUGGAGUAUACCAGAUACCAGCCCUGCCUGCCAGCCACACAAGAGGAACUCAUCCAUAAAUAUUUAGAGGCUACAGGACAGCUGCCUGCAAAGAAGAACAAGUGGAAGAGCUGAAAUCAGUCUGUGCACCUCUGUUCAGAAAUAUGCAGGACUGUGACAUGUCUGCCCCCCUCUCCAUACAGUUUAUACCCAACAAUAACGGUUUGAGGAUAAUGCUUUAAUUUGUAGAAGCAUUUUGAAAUUCUCGCUCAGAUUGUAUAUAUAUCUUUGUUUCGUAGUUUAAUCUAAAUUUCCUCUCUCAUGUCUGGCCCCUAUAUAAAAAACAUGUAUUUAUUACCUUGAUUUUAGCACCAUUUGACCAGCCAGCAUCCUGCAGGAUGGUGAUGACUAUGAGUAUUUGAGGCAAUCUCAGUUUUUGGACUUGAGCAUGUAAUGUUUUGUACUGUGUACAGAAUGUUCUUGAUGUUGUAAACAUUACAACAAAGAUUGAUCUGUUAGCUCUA